AUGUUCCCAGGUGGUGUUAUCUUAGCUAUUAUUUUAAUGGGUUUAGCCGUAUGUGCUGUCAUUGGUGUUAUCAUCUACAGAAAGAUGGAAGCCAGAAAGAAGGGUUUACAAAAGUUUUAA